AUGGCGGCUUCACUUCCCCCUACAGAGCCACCAACUCACAUUCGAAUUUUAACCCUCAACUGCUGGGGCUUGAAAUUCAUCUCCAAGUUCCGUCAUGAACGUCUAUCGGAGAUUGGACGGCAGCUUGCUCUGGCAGACACGCCGCCCGAAAUUGUAGGACUUCAAGAAUGCUGGACCCAGCAAGACUACCAAAGCAUUCGCGAUCAAACGCAGCAUAUUCUUCCCUAUGGGAAAUUCUACUUUGGGGGCAUUUUCGGUGCCGGGUUGGCGAUUCUGUCAAAAUGGCCCAUCGAGGAGAGCGGCAUGUAUGGGUACCCGCUGAAUGGGCGACCAACGGCGUUCUUUCGAGGUGACUGGUACGUUGGAAAGGGAGUCGCCUGUGCUCGAGUGCGUUUUGGACCAGGAGCAGCCGACGUCGCCGAGGUCUUCUGUACACAUCUGCAUGCGCCGUACGAGCGGGAACCGAACGACUCCUAUUUGUGUCACCGUACCGCGCAGGCCUGGGAGAUUUCGAAAUUGAUGCGCGGUGCUGCUGAGCGCGGUCAUCUUGUCAUCGGUCUAGGGGAUUUCAACAUGAUUCCUUCGUCUUUUGCGCACAAGUUGAUUACUUCGCAAAGCCCGGUCCGCGAUGUAUGGCGUGAGCUACACCCUGACUCGUCCGUUGGCGGAUGGCUAGAGGCCUCAGAGCAGGCGCGAAAGACGCCGGUUCCCUCGGCCGAGUACAAUCUCACCGAGAAUUGUGCUACGUGUGACGGCCCCUUCAACACAUGGCGCUGGCCCAAAGAGAGACAAAAGCAACUGUUCAAGGGCCAUGAAACACCCGUCGACAAGAACGAGCCUGAUAAGUACGGCAGGCGUUUGGAUUACAUCUUCGUGGGCGACGGAGGCUAUGCGCCUGACUUCCCUGCGCCACGGUGGACAGUCGAAUCCGCACAGGUCAGCAUGACCCAGCGCCAUCCGACUCUACGCUGCUCACUCAGUGAUCAUUUCGGCGUCGAGGCUGUCAUCACUCGAAUCCCGGCUGGUCGAGCCCUGCCCACUACUCUUUCCUCUCAGAAUGACAUGCCAAAUUCAUCUGACUCACCUCCCCUGACAAAGACCGCCUCUACCUCCCUCGCACCCAACGCCAGUCUUUCCACCGAGACAUACGACAUCAUUCUGGGCAUGAUCCACAAGUACACAUUGCGCGAACGCUCCCAGCGUCGCUGGCGCUUGGCACAUUUCAUCGUCUCGAUCUUCGUCUCUAUUGGGUGUAUGGUCGGUGUGUGGUGGGUCGGCAAUCGCACGUACAUCGGUUUCAUCCUGGUCCUGGUGAGCACAUUGAACUUUGGAGCCGGUAUUCUAGAUGGACUGAUUGGUGGCCUGUUCAUGUCUGGUGAGAUUCGUGCUUUAAAGGAAUUUGAAUGGGAAGUUCGCAAUGCCCGGAGCUUGGUGGUUGCUGCUGAAAAGGGGGUCUAG